AUGAAACAUAAUAAUAAUAAUAAUAACAAUGAUAACAAUGAUAAGAAUGGCAACAGUGGUAAGAAUGAUAACACUGACAACAAUGAUAAGAACGAUAACAGUGAUAAGAAUGAUAAUGGCGAUAACAUUGAUCACCAUGAUAACAUUGACAACAACGAUAAGCAUGAUAACAGUGAUAAGAAUAACAACAGUGAUAAGAAUGAUAGCAAUGAUAACAAUGAUAAGAAUGAUAAAAACGAUAACAGCGAUAAGAAUGAUAAGGACGAUAACAUUGGUAACACUGAUAACAAUGAUAACAUCGAUAACCGCGAUAAGAAUGAUAACAGUGAUAAGAAUAAUAACAGCUAUAAGAAUGAUAGCAAUGAUAACAUCGAUAAGAACGAUAACACUGAUAACAAUGAUAGCAGCAAUGAGAAUGAUAAGACUGAUAACAGUGAUAACAGUAAUAAGAAUGAUGACAAUGAUAACAUUGAUAACAAUGAUAACAGUGGUAACAAUGAUAAUAAUAAUAAUAAUAAGCCGAUAAUUAAUGCAAUGUUGAUGCUAUAGAGUGUACUGUACUAGUAUCAAUAACAAAUUCGACUUAAACAAUGUUCUAUGCGAUGACCUGUAAUUCCAAAUAUUAUU